ACACUCGAGUCAUUCAAUGGCCUUUUUUACCUGCACUUCAGCCAGUUGUGUUGUGCCUUUUUAUUUUCUAGAAAUCCCAUUUCACACAGAGGGCCGGUACCCGAAAUCUUUAAUAGGGAAGAACUUCUGUGCCUACCUGCUGGAACUGCGGAAUUCCAGCACCUCCUUCAAAGGCAUCCGCAAAGCCUUGAUCGACACCUUACUGGAUGGGUACGAGAGCGCCCGCUACGGCACCGGGGUCUUUGGGAAAAUGGAAUAUCUGAAGUACCAGGAUGCUCUGAACGAGCUGGCAAACUUGACCAAGGCCCGGGGAGGCAGCAGCCAGCGGCAGCACCAGUCGGCGGCCAAGGACCUCACCCUGUCCCCUGAAGUCUCCAACCCCGCCACCAUCCAGGUCACCUACCUGCCUUCCAACCAGAAGAGCAAACGUGCCAAACACUUUCUGGAGCUGAAGAGCUUCAAGGACAACUACAACACGCUGGAGAGCACCCUGUGAGCCACACGGGGAGCCCUGCUCCGGGGACCUGCCACGAGCAGCGCCCCUUGCUGGGUGCAGCUGGUGUCCCCAGCGGGUUUUGGCUGCAGUUCAGCGUUUGGGCAGCGUUGGGAGGAAGCUGCUGCUCUCUCGGGUCUCCCUUUUGCACGACGUUGGAGCUCGGUGCUCAGCGGAGGCUCCGUUUUGGCCGGUGGAGCUCGGCCCUCGCCAGGAGCCCGUUUCAAAGCAGCGCGCCGGGGAUCGGCCCGCGCGGCCUCCUUCAGGCUUUUGAGUCCGGCAACGUCUUAAAGCCCUUGGCCCUGUGAAUAAACUAAUUAGCUUUAGCUUAUUUAUAAAAGACACCAAUCCCAGCCAGCUCUUUCCCUGUGAGGGCUGGUGGGGGGCUGAUGCUGUCUGUCCGUCCUGUUUGUGUGGGUCUCGGGCUUUGGAGCUGCUCGUCUGUUCUUUCCAAAGGGUGAAUUUUCUUUUCCCUGUGGCACUGUGGCUGCUCUCAGCCGGGCCUGUGUGUGUGCCCGGGCUGUGCACCAGGAUGCCUGGACGGAGUGUAAAUAGUUUGGUGGCCAAUUCUCAGCUGAGGUGCCUCUUUGGGCUGCGGUUUCUACUCUUUUUCUCCUGCAACUGGGUAUUUGGGGACAUCUUGGGCAGACAAAUACCAGCUUGGAACGUCCUGUCUGUCCUGCCGAGGGGGUGUUUCCUCCCGCUCUCACCAGCACCUCGUGUGCCAGCAGCUGCCAAGCUCGUGGAGGGGCAGAAACUCGUGGCCCCCGACGGGCCGUCUGGGUCCUGCCAGGCCGAGGGCAGCGGCCAGAAGCCACCGCAGCGCGUGGGGGGGGCCCCCGCCCCUCCCCUGGGCCUCUGCACUCUUUUUAAUUGCUGUUUAAUAAAAUGACACUUAACC